UUUCAACUCUCAGCACUGCAGCUCUGAUGGUCCAACUCUUCGAAAACACACAUCUGUAAAGGUCAGCCCUGCACCCUGAGCAGCUCAAGGGAGGAACUGUACCAGCAGUGCCUCAUGCCUCCGCCUUUCUCUGCCCUGGACUGAUGGUUCCAUAAUGGCAGUGGGUGAGGCCCUGGUGCACAUCAAGGUCAAUCUUCUACUGCUUUGGUUUGGGGUGUCUCUGUCCAAUUCUGGCCACUCUCAGGCCAAGCCCUCUCAGGGCUUCUCCAAAGAAGUCGUGAUCCCCUUGAAGGUGACCAGCAGGGACCAAGAUGCUAAGGCUCCGGGCUGGCUCUCCUACAGCCUGCGGUUCGGGGGCCAGAGACACAUUGUCCGCAUGAGGGUCAAGAAGUUCCUGGUUUCCAGACACCUACCAGUGUUCACCUACACGGACCAGCAUGUCCUCCAGGAGGAUCAGCCUUUUGUUCCUGAUGACUGCUACUUCCAUGGUUAUGUGCAGGGGGUUCCAGGGUCCCUGGUGGCCCUCAGUACCUGUUCUGGAGGUUUUCAAGGAAUGCUGCAGAUAAAUGACCUUGCUUAUGAAAUUGAGCCCAUCAGGCACUCUACCACAUUUGAACACCUGGUGUAUAAGAUAGACAGUGAUGGUACACAGUCCCCACCUAUGAGAUGUGGCUUGACAGAAGAGAAAAUAGCACGCCAACUGGAGUUUCAAGAGUUGCCUAAGUCCACUCUGAUGCAAAGUUCUUAUGCGAACUGGUGGACUCACUUGCGAUUUCUUGAACUGGCAAUAGUUGUGGACCACUUUCGAUACCUUUACUCUGGACGGAAUGUGUCAGCGGUGCAGCGUGAACUACUUAAUGUUGUCAGUAUGAUAAAUCUCUUAUACCGCCCUUUCAAGCUGAAUGUAAUUUUGACCGGAGUUGAGGUCUGGAAUCAAAGAAACCUAGUUCCCACUGAUGACAUGGAUCAGCUUCUGGAUGACUUUGGUCUCUGGAAGUUUGUCAAUCUUGAUGGCCGACUGCAACAUGAUGUGGUCCAUCUUUUCAUAAAAAAAUUUUUUGGGAUUAAGCUUGGUAUUGCCUACACUUCAGGAGUAUGCCGGAAGCCCUUUAAUACUGGAGUUGAUGUUUUCCUAGACCACAAUGUGAACUCUUUUGCACUUACUGUGAUCCAUGAGCUUGGCCAUAAUAUGGGUAUGCAGCAUGACACCGCAUGGUGUGUGUGUGGUUUCAAGUGGUGCGUGAUGGCAGCCAUGAAACAGCUAACAGUUAAAUUCAGCAACUGCAGUUAUGCCCAGUAUUGGGACACUACGAUUCGUACCGGUUCAUGUAUUUACACUCCUCCAUCUCCAGGGAAUAUUUUUAGGUUACAGUAUUGUGGGAACCUAGUUGUUGAAGGAGGAGAGGAGUGUGACUGUGGAUCUGUAAAGCAGUGUGAACAAGAUCCCUGUUGUCUGUUGAACUGCACUCUGAGCCCUGGUUCUGCUUGUGCUUUUGGGCUCUGUUGCAAAGACUGCAAGCUCAUGCCAUCAGGGACUCUGUGCAGACAACAGAUCGGUGAAUGUGACCUCCCAGAGUGGUGCAAUGGGACAUCCCACCAGUGCCCAGAAGAUGGAUAUGUGCAGGAUGGGAUUCCCUGUGGUGACAAUGCCUACUGCUAUGAAAAGAGUUGUAAUAGCCACGACAAACAGUGCAGGGCGAUUUUUGGAGAAGAUGCAAGGAGUGCAUCUCAGGAAUGCUACAAAGGAAUCAACUCCCAGGGAAGCCGUUUUGGCCACUGUGGUCUAAUUGACAAGGGAUACCGAAAAUGUAAUACCUUAGAUACCUUCUGUGGGAGAGUUCAGUGUGAAAACGUAUCAGUUAUUCCUAACCUGACAGAACAUACUACAGUACAUCAGCUUCAGUUAAAUUUCACCAGUUGCUGGGGCACUGAUUAUCAUUUAGGGAUAACCAUACCUGAUAUUGGUCUAGUGAAAGAUGGCGCAGUGUGUGGUCCAGGAAAGAUAUGCGUCCACCAGAAGUGUGUCGAUAUGACUCUUGUGUCAGAAGACUGUCAGAAUGAGAACUGCCACAUGAGGGGAGUCUGCAAUAAUAAACAGCAUUGCCACUGCAGCCAGGGGUGGGCACCUCCCAACUGCACGCUAAAAGGCGAUGGAGGUAGUAUUGAUAGCGGCCCACCUCCUUCUACGAAAGAAGGACCACAGGCAAAGUUGUCUUACCUUUUUUUAUUGUGGCUUAUUCCUUUGAUGGCUUUAUUUUUAUGUUGCUUCCUUCUGCUUUGUAUGAAAAUGAAAAGAAAAACGGAAGAAGAGGUAGAGGGAAAACAAGAAGAAGAGGUAGAGGAAAAGAAAGAAGAAGAGGAACCUGAGGACAAAGGGGAACAAUAAGGCUUCUGCUUCAUUUUAAAAAUCUCCAGUUUUUUAAUAGUAGAGAAACAUGCCUACUAUUUAAAGAAAAAAUUUAAGGAUCUCUCAUGUCUGGAUCAUAUGAUACUGAAGGAUUCCUAGCACUCUCUUACUUCCUCUUCAGUGUUUCAAGCAAUAUUAAAAGUUCACUUUUUUUUUUCUGGAAGUCGUCUCUUAUUUUUUUAAAGAGAAUGUUUAUAAGAAUUUAUUGGAGCCCUGGCUGGUGUGGGUCAGUUGGUUGGAUGUCAUCCCGUGCACUGAGAGGUCACCUUUUUGAUUCCUGGUCAGGGCACAUGCCCGGGUUGCCAGCUCGAUCCCAGUAGGGGGCAUGCAGGAGGCAGGCAAUCAAUGGUUCUCUCUCACAUAGAUG